AUGAUAUACUUUAGUGCAGCCCCACAAGGUAGGGGCUCACCAAACAACUUUGUGAUGCUGUUGUUGGUGUUGAUAACAAUGGCAGCGUCGAUGGUACAGGCAUCCUGGACCAACACAGUUCAGGGAUUGACUGACGUGGAUAUGUUCUUCAAAGUGAACAUGUCCACCGACUCUUAUAAUACAGCAUCGGUGGCUACUGGCCUUUUGGCGCCAUGGGACACUCUGCCCGCCGACACCACCAACUACCAAUUCCUCAAGGAUGUCUACUAUCCCAACAUUUGCACCCAAGCUGGUUCCCAAACCAUCACCUCAUCCAAUGACAAAGGAACCAAAGCCUUUGUCAUUGUCCCCAAAGGCAUAUCCUGGACAAUGGACUUUGAUUUCACUGGCUUCCCAUAUAGCGCGGUGUGCAUCUAUGGAGAGGCUUUGAAGCAAGAUGGAUUGAUUGUCCCAAACACAGUAUUGCUUGUGGUGAUGGAUGGAGGAUCAUUGAAGAUCACCUCGUCAACGACUAGCGAGUCUAUCGAAAAGAUCUAUGCCGAUCAGAUGAAGUUCACGCCAGGCAUUAUUGCGCUCGGUGGCAACGUCUCAGUGAACCUGGCCAACAACAAGUUUGAGAUGUUGCCCACCAAGGCCAACACCACAGACCCAACAUCCGUGUGCACCACGUUCAAGUCCGCGCCAAACGCACCCGUCACGCUCUACAACGCCAACAUGGGGGUGAUCUCGACCACCCCGGCCACGACCGCUCUCACCUACUGCGCGAGCAUCUCGGGUACGUCAGGCGGCCCCUUCUACAUGGGCUACCUUAGAUCAACCAGCACGUUAUCGGGAGGUCGUUACUUCUUUGCCAACAACUCCAGGGUGUCCAUUAGUAACGCCGUGAUCAACUGCGCGCCCCUCACCACCGCAUCGCCAUACGACGAUAUUGUGUUAAACUCGACGGCGGGCGGCACCAACCAGCGCUCCAGGAACUGCAUCGACGUCGCGUUUGGCGCCACGCUCGAUAUUACCAACACCUUUAUCCGUUCGCAGUCCACAUCGACCUCGCGCGCCGUCAUCGGUGUGCACCACGGCAGUCUCAAGAUCACCAACUCUAUACUCAUUGGCAAUGCAUCCAGCAUGGUCUUGGCCGACUGGGGCACGGAGCACAUCGAGUCCAGCGGCAAUGUCUACUUCCCCAUCAACCACAAUCUUGUGCCACGCAAGGACAACUACCAGACGAUGGACUUUGGCGCCCAGGGCAACGUGUUCACCACGCUCAGCCCCGACUUGAAGUCGAACAACGAUCUGUUCUUUGGCAAUGUACAGGGUGCCCUGUUCUCCUACGUCGCCCUGCCCAACCGUGCAUCCGUCACUGGCUACAACUUUGACCUGAUGCUCGGCAGCAGCCAGUGGUACCCCGCCAGCGGUCCACGAUUCGUCCAAGCACUCAACAUUGUCAAUGCGCAGGAGCUUGGCUCGUCGCAGUACUCGAUCGCCAUCGACUCGGCUGAGCGUGGCAACGUGUUGCUCAGCAACCUGAUAUUCAAGACGCCACUGUUGCUCAACCUGCCCAACAGCCAGGUGACCAUCUCCAACUCAAACUUCUCGGCUGCCACUGGCGGCAUUGUGUACGGCGCGGUCAACACACUCAUCACCUUGUCGUCCAACUUUACCUAUGCCUCGCCCGCCACCUUUAUCAACUCGAGUGCACAGGUCAACUUCCUGUCCACCGCCAACAGCACUUCGUUCACCGGCCAGCUCGGAUCUUUUGGCCACGUCGUAGCGACAAACUACAUGGCCGUGAUCCGUCCCACGCUAUCUCCACUCGCACUGCUCAGCACUGAGCCAUCUGCCCAGGUGUUUGUCAAUGACAAUGUCACGACGACAUUGGCUCUGACCAUUGCCAAUGCCUCUCCAGACUACCAAUGUGUGUUCACUGAGGCCGAAGGCAAGGUACCAGAGGUACGCGUCACAGUCGACACUAACGGACGCUGUGCCACAGCGCCAAUGCUCCCGAUCGGCACCUACCGCUUCAGGUCGUCCGUCCAGCUAACGGCCGGCACGCAGUCGGAUCUCGGCGUCGAGUUUGCACCAAUCGUUGCCGUGAGGGGCGCCACAAAUAGCUUCUACCGCGGCUGGAGCUUUGCCACUGGCGACAUCAGCGUUCCAAACAAUGGCGCCUCACAGAGCUUUGUCACAUGCUCCUCGACCAAUGGAUGCGAUCAGAGCGCAUUGCCCAGCACCAACAUGCCAUCAGAACUCUCGAGCGAUCCCAUCUUUGCCACGUUCUCCACUGGUGUGUCGUCUUCGACAGCAGUUACCAACACCAAGCUGACCGUGCCAGCCAACGAGGCACUCACACUCAAUCUCUACUUUGUGUACUGGCAGACUCCUGCCAUGCCCGGCCUCGUGACAGCGCCAGGCUUCUACUCAGUCAUCGGUACGGGCGUAGACACUGAUACCCCAAUGGUGGUCUCUCUGGGCAAGGUGCAGUCCAACACCACCGUCCAGACCUCGGUGUUCACUACGACAGUCAUGCACUCGAACUCACAGCCAUUCACCGUUUACUGGUCGUCCAGCAACAACGUCUACUUGGUGGGCGCGUCGUUCGCAUCGAUGGGUGCCAUCAAUACACCUACCAAUGGUGGCGGCAGCAGUGGCAACAGCAAUAUGGCAAUCAAGAUUGCCAUCCCAAUCGUCGGAUUCUUUAUCAUUGUGGCGGCAAUUGUCGCCUUCAUACUCUGGCGCAAACGUCGCAUGACUACCAGCCCCGGAAAGAGGAUGAAUGAUGUCGAGCUACGCUCCUCGUCAUCGCCAAUGAACAGCAACAACAACAGACGUCUGUCGAGCAAGGGCUCACCCAAUGCCAGUCGCUCAAUGCUCAAGUCAUCCAACUCGUCAGUGAUCAACCAGGACAAGUACCGCCUGCAUGGCGAUGUGUUCUCUCUGAUCCAAGAGUCUCACUUUUACGCUGCUGAGCACGCGACCUUCCCGCUCACAUUCAGCAUCACUCGUCUGGACUUUGGCAUGGGCAACAACAAGUGCGAGAUCAACCAGCAGAUGAAGGAUUACGUGCUGAUCACCAACAAGACCGACAAGAACGUCUACGUCAACAUCUUUUUGCCACCAUCGUCGUCGUCGGCUCUCAUCGACAGUGACGAGAAGAUGAUCACACUCAAGGCCGGCAAAUCGGCCACGGUCACGUUCACCGCCGAGCUGCUGUGCACCACCAAGCUGAUGGAGAAGUUCGCCGUUCAAGUCGAGGGCUUUGGCCACACAUUCCUCUUCCUGCAUCUGGAGAGUGUUCUGAGCACGCAGAUCGACUUUGAGGAGAUCGUCUUUUACGACAACAUUGGUGAGGGAGGCUUUGGAGUUGUGUACCGUGGCGUCUGGCGUGGCCAAGAGGUCGCCGUCAAGAUGCUCAAGACCAAGAACCUGUCCAAGGAGUUGCUGGAGGAGGUGAACCGCGAGGUCGACCUGAUGAACAAGCUGCGUCACCCCAACAUCGUGUCGUUCGUCGGCUCGGUCAAGACCAGCGUCAACCUCUGUCUGGUCAGCGAGUACAUCGCCAUGGGCAGUUUGGGCAAGGUGCUUUACAAACAAAACAGGAAGCUCACUCUCAAGGAGAUCAUCCGCGUCUGUCUGGACACGGCCAAGGGCUGCAACUUCUUGCAUCUCAAUGGUAUCCUACAUCGUGAUCUCAAGCCCGACAACAUCCUAGUCGUCAGUCUUGCCGCGGACGCACCAGUAUGUGUCAAGCUCACUGACUUUGGUACAAGCAAAGAGAUCAAUGAGAUCAAGAGUGAGCAGAUUACAUCCGGUAUCGGUACUCCAAUUUACAUGGCCAAUGAAAUCUUGGACAAGAGAUCAUACGACAAGUCAGCUGAUGUCUACUCGUUUGGAAUGAUGUUCUACGAGCUCAUCCUUGGAGAGAUUCCAUUCUCUGAGUUUAAGAAUAACUGGGAGAUUCCAAGAUAUAUUAUUGCAGGUAAUCGACCAACUAGAGGCAUGGAGAAUGCACCACAACCAAUUGUUCAGUUGAUCAAUGAGUGUUGGAUGCCAGAUCCAAACAGCAGACCACCAUUCGAUGAUAUUAUACCUAGACUGGAAACGAUCCUGUCAACAUUGUAA